AUGAUCAAAUUCGAUGACUUUAGCUUGCCGCCUUCCAUGUUUACAGAAGACGAAAUGGAAAUCCAAAUAACCCCGCUUGGGAACUCUCACCAGAGUGAUUCCGAAAGCCCUCUGUUUACGGCAAAUGUCACCCCUACGCUCAACAACACCGGAGAAGGCCCGGUAGAUAUAUCCGUACCAGCAGAGUGCCACGGAACUCACAGUCAUGAAGGAGAUAGCGCUGUUAGGGACGCUGCAAAGGACUUGGCUGUUCUCGAAUAUAACGGAGAGCAGAAGGCUGCACCUGCGUCAUCCGGCCGAGGACCUGCCCUAUCACCGGCUGCCAGAGUUGCCAACGACUCCGGGUGGGGCGGCUUCCCAAACCCCAUCGAGUUGCUAUACCCCGAAGGUGAUGCCGAGAUACCGCGUUGCGGCUCACUCAAGCAGCAGGAGAUUUUGCGGCCGCUGUUGAGUAACCCAACGGCCUGCCGCAGCAAGUCUACUGAUCGAGAGGACAGCUGGGAAAUUUCGAUGUCAUCUGAGAGAGGGCGCAUGUUUGAUCGAUUCUCGAAACGCUCUCAUUCUGUGCGCCUGUUGUUGAAAAAUAAGGCGAAUGAUAAGCUACGCGAGGAGAUGGAGGAGGUAAUGGACCUGACAGUUCGCCUCAACAACCUCGGAAGAGGGCUAGACGCGCAGCGCAUGCCUCCUCCCAGGAUGAAGAAGACUCAAAAUCUACAAGGUCCGGUUACAAGCACUAGCACGCCUGACGAGCCCAUGAGCUACGUUGUCGUGGCAGGAAAGAAUGGGCCUGAGAUAGUGCCGCAGGAUGAGGCUGGCGUCAAAUCGUACUUUGACGAAAUAGACACUACCCCGGCGAGGCCGACGCUUCGGGCCGCCCCUAGCGCUCCGAGCUUGCACUCGGUACUUCCCCGAAACCUCGUCGGAACCGAAUGUGGAAGCCCUCCCGAUACGAUCUGCUACCCCACUCGCGACUGCCCGGAAUCUAACGAGACGGCAUCGACAACCCAUACUCUACGCCUAUCGCCUUGGUCGCGGCUUCGCGAGGGCCCUCUGCGAGGUCCGAACCACCCACGCCUCGCGGCGCCCAUCAACUUCGCAUCGCUCUCCGCCUACCGUCCCGGCCUCUCCUUCCUCAAGAAACGCAGGCGAGAUGAUGAUGAGUCGAGUCGUCGUUCGUCAUUCAGCCAGAGCGGCCAACCAAGUAGCUCCAUCGACGGCGAUGGCGACCAUGGUGCUGCGGUUCACCAUGGCUCGGAUGACUCUGUAAGGCAUGCUGCGAAGCGGCAAAGGAUAGGCGACUCGGCUGACCCGGGCGCUGGGGAUGUGGCCCGGAGUUCGAGGGAGAUUAGCGUUUUGUCGUCUACAAGCUCUGUGCCAAUGGAGUCGGGCUCGGAGACGUGGAAGGAAAAGAAGGCCCGCAAGAAGGAACAGAAGAAAUUGAGGCGACAAGAGAAAGAGAGGAGGAAUACGCUAGAAAUCUCAUUUCUUUCUACGGACGAUCUCGAACCCCCGAAGCCGACCACGACGAUGCCGCCGAAGCGCGGCAUUCCUCAAUGCUACCGCCAUGCUGCUUCGCGGUCCCUCGCGAUGAUCACCUCGCUGCAGGGCCCGUCCUCGACUGAGAGUGCACGCCUCAACGCUCAAACGCCGGUACGGAGUAAAAGGAAAAAUGACGUCGGUGGCCGCUUUCAUCUCAGCGGCCGUGACGAAGACGAUGCGGAGAGGCACCGCCGGGAAGGCUCGGCAAGCUCAUCCGACGUAUCCCAGAUUGAGGCCAAACUACCGGCGGAAAGUUCAAAGGCUGUGAUCCCACCGCUUAGGGCGACGUUUAACUCUUCUAUUUGGAGCGACCCAGUGACUGGAGACGUUGGAGCGGGAGGCGCAUUGAAUCUGGACGACUACGAAGAGCCGGAGUCAGAUGCCGAGGAACUGGUGGAGGAGGGAGAGCGAAGACGAAUUAUCAAGAUUCCUGCCAAGGUUGUUGCCCGAAAGAGCACGUAUAGCUCGGCCUCCGAGUCGGGAACUGAAUCAGACUCGGACUCGGAUACAUCCCAUAUCCCUGCUCGGCUUCCGUCCCCGCCUCACAAGCGACCGCGAGAGUUUGCCCAGAACAAGCCCGAAAAGCAGUCUGCAAAGGAGGUCGUGGAAGAGGAUAACCCCGAUGGCGACCAUGUCAUGGCGGAUUCCGGCGAUGACAUGGAACAACAACUCGAUGAGCAACUCACUCAGGAGAGCCUUGUGGAGGACACCAAACAGACACAGGAGAGAAGGAGACUACCCGAUAGGCUGGUGGCUUCGACCCUGCCCGCGCAAACGAAGCGGAAGACCCCCGUAAAGGCUGCGGCCGAAGCCAAGGCACAAUUAGCCACGCAAGAGCCAGAGGCUCGCAAGGGCCGUACCCCGAGACGCCAAGCGGCGGUUGCUGCGAUUGCUGCCGCUAGCGCCAAAACAGCGCAAGAGGAUCCGGAGCAGCGUCUCGUGACUAUUGUGGCCGAGUUCUCACAAGAAUACGACUUAUCGCAACAGCGCCUGGGCCACCUCCUGACAACGCCGGGACAGGACCUGAGCAGGGAGGACUUGUGGCUGGUAAACGAGGCCUGGGACAAAGUCCUUUUGCAUUUCCCGUUGAGGAAGACCAAGCACAUCAAGGAAAUUGUCAAGCGAAAGUUUGAUAUCUACAAGUCAAGCAGGAAAUGGACACCAGAAGACGAUCAACGGCUCCGGGAGCUUGUGGAGCAGCACACAGGCGAUAACGGUAGGAGGUGGCUGGACAUUGGACUGGCGAUGGACCGAUACGCAGAGGCGUGCAGGGACCGAUACCGAAACUACGCCAGCUGCGGAUCCAACCGGAAAACAGGAAAAUGGAAAGACGCGGACUUGGGCGAGCUCUAUACGGCGCUGGUGACGUUUGUUCCACAAGCCGUGCAGGAAAAGAUGAAGGGGACUGAGCCGCCGUCGCAGCUAGAGCCGUUUGUGUUUGCACCCGACUGGAUCAAGAUUAGCAAGCUCAUGGGGAACACACGAUCGCGGCAGCAAUGCCAUUUCAAGUGGCAACAUCUCCGGGUAGACAUCCAGAAGCCACACGUCAUCUACAACCUAUGCGGAGGGGAGUCGGGGACCUCGCCCGGGUUGCGGGGGUGCAGGAUGCAGGUGUACAGCAUGACCAACGACGAGGUACUCGACAUCAUUCGCGGAGUGGCGACGUACGUGCCGCGAGAGCAAGAUAGCGCGCUUGUGGCGUGGCGGUCGGUGCAAAAUGCCAAGUUUACUACGAUGUGGCUCGUCAAGACACUCAACAUUGUCUGGCGCAGGCUGAGGCUCACGCUGGUGGGUGAAUCCUCAACGGAGCUGUCAGAUGUGGAGAUGGCGCAAAAGAUGCUGGAGGCGGCAGGGGAUGAUGGCGCAGGGCUCGACGCGUACUGGCGGCACCGACCGGACACGGCGCGCGAGGAGGAGCUGGUGCUAGGGGCGGACCGCAGGCUGAAGCUCAAGUCGGAGGCCCUGCCCGAUGUGGAGGAGAACGUGAAGCGGGGUCGGCAGGCGCGCUCGAAGGCGGACAAGGCUGAUGCGGCGAAAGCAAAGAAGACAGGGCGAGGGAAGAAGAAGGCGGAGACGAACGGUACCGGCUCUAAUGGGACCAAAGUGAGACAGUCGAGGGCAAAGAAGACGGCAUUGUCGGAAGAGAUGGUCAUUGAUCAGGACAGCGAAGGAGACGAGGAGAACUAA